UCAUCUCUCGCUUCUUGUCUUCGCAACGUAUCCUAGUUAACCCAAGUGUUUAAUUCUGUCUGUAUACUAUACCAUAUCUUACCAGACUAGAUCUUGCUUAGCUAGCUAGCGAAUUAGUGUCGUCUUCUAGCUAGUUAUUACGUAUUCUUGUGUGGAUUACGUUGACUAAUUAAUGGCGAAUUCGAUCGCGAUGGCACUGUUGUUCGUCAAGUCGUUCGUUGUACUCUCGCUCGCCGCCGUGCUGCUCGCUCUCGACGGCGGCGGCGGCGCCUCCGCCAUGGGCCUGCCCCCGCCGCCGCCGACGGUGAACUUCAGCAUCGGCGUGCAGGGCAUGGUGUGGUGCAAGACCUGCAGGUACCCCGGCUACCUCGCCGCCAUGGACGCGUCCCCGCUCGCAGGAGCGGUGGCGUACCUGCGUUGCCGGCACGGGCACCGGCGGGUGGCGUCGAUCAGGGGGGUGGCCGGGAGCGGCGGCUACUUCCGGAUCGAGACGUCGCAGCUGACGUCGUUCACGAGCCAGGAGUGCAGGGUGUACGUGCCCCGGUCGCCGUCGCGCGCGUGCGCCGUCCCCGGCCACGGCAGGAGGGGCCUGCCGCUCAAGUUCGAGGAGUUCGUCAAGCGCGACAAUGGCCUCCAGGGCCUCUACUCCGUCGGCAACUUCGUCUUCUCCCCCAAAUACCCCAACAAGUGCUACUGAUCCAUUGAUCCAUGUUGGUGUGUUCGAUCGUCGUCGUCGCCAAGAUCAGAGACCGGGCCUGAAUAAAUCGAUCGGCUAGGCUAAUUAAUUCAUUGACUCGAUCUUGCAUGGGGAGAUGAAUUAGUUGCUGUGGUACGUAGUUAGUGCUGGUUUUGCAUUGGUUUACGAUGCUUAUAUGGUAGAGGAGUAUGGCUGUAAUAAUCAAGAUGUUAUGCAAUUGAGACAGCUUGUAUGUUUAUUUCGCUAUCGUUUAAUUUUCUCUGUAACCUUGUUCUUCCUAUCACGUAAAAUUACCUCAGUGAAUCCGUUAAUUUCU